AUGUCCGCCGCUCCAGCUCCCACGAUCCUCGACCUAAAACUCGCAUUCCUGCGCUCUCAAAUCCAAGCUCUCUCCGCCCCACUGAGAAUCCCAGUGAACUACCAACCCCCCGAUGAAGACCAAGCCAUCCGCCAACGAGCCAUAGAUGACGCCCUCUUCCAGCUCAACGCCCGGAUCCAAGAGCACGCCAAACUCGUCUAUUCCGCGCCGGCACAGCGCCAUGUCGCCGAGCAGGUGGACGCAUUGUACUGGAUGGCUGGCGAGCGCGACGUCAGCGGGGAGCUUGCGCGGGGUCAAUUGGAGCUAGGGACAGAUUUUGUGGCGGAUGUCAAUAUCACGAGUCUCCCAGAUGCGUGGGAGGAUGAAGAGGAGGUUGCGCAGCGCCCAGAGGAAGCCCAGCGGUAUGUGGAGUUAGCUGCGCACAUCAAGGGGCUCAAUGAUAGGCGGACGGGGUUGAGAGAGAAGGUUGCAAGGUAUAAAGCAUUGAAGGGGGUGCUGGAACCGUUUGAGAACUCGAAGGAAGAUGUUCAGGGGAACCUGUGCACGAGGGAUGGGGAGGUGGAGGCUGAGUUGCAGAAGAUGGGGAUGCUGAUGGCGCGGGUCAAGGGCAGGCUCGAGGGACUGGAAACGUCACAGAACCAGGGUGGUGAGGAGAUGGACCUUGACUUCUUGGAUCAGGAGAAGAAGGCGGAUCUACUUCUGAAUGAUAUAUUGCGGUAA